CAGCGUCGACAAUGGUUCCUCAAACUACUUCUUCUGUUUAUGUCGCUUUUAAAUUACUUGCGACAGAAAACUGAUGUUUUUAAGAAUGCUAAAGCUGAAAGUAUUAUUGUUUUGUCAUAUAUUUUACCUCGUUUAUUCAACGAAACUGGAAGUGGACCAUGGCUCAAGCUCUGAUGUGGCAAAUAAGCAACUUCAGCAAAUCUACCAACAUACUAAGAAUAUGCGUUACGGAAAAUGUUGGACAGAUGCUUUACAACAGCUUAAAGAUGGUUGUAGGAACUUGAGCGAUGAAAUGCAAAGAAGAAUUGCUUAUGCUUUUGCUCGCUGUCAUUUACAGAGUGCAGGACGAAAGAUCCCUGUUUGUGAAGUUGAGCAAGAAAUGUCUGAUUGUACAAGCGAUGCUGUUUUGGAGGAUGUGGCUUUUAACACUUAUACUGAGUUUUUUACACAUAGUCAGCAAAUCUGUUUUCACUUACAAAGUCAGGUGUGGCAUGAAGCAACUGAAAACACGAUAUCUCAACUUGCUGAUAACUCCGCGCAAGUGGCAGCUACUUUAGAAACAAGUUCAGAGAUUGCCAAGGAAAUGGUUGUGAGACAAAAUGACAGCUUGAAGAAUCAGGAGGAGUUGCUUCGUAAUGAGAGAUUGCUCCGAGAGAACAUGCAAAGAUCAGUGCUGGAUGUUCAAAGGUCGCAUGAAGAAACAAAGAUGGUGAUCAAGGAGCAACGAGCGCUCUUCGCCGAAGUUUUUGACAGAGUUGCAGCUUUACAAAAGACUGUCCUUGGUGAAUUCACAAGUGUUUACACAUUUGGAUUUUAUGUGGGUGCUGCUUUCCUUGCUUAUAUCAUGACUUCCACAUCCCGGACUGGAUCAGCAAGGAUCUGGCUUUUUAUCCUCAUCACGCUAAACUUUGCAACAGAGCGAGCUGUGGUCAACUAUCAUCUUGCACCAACUUCAUCAUCUGCUGAUUCAAUGUACGUUGAAAAUACAGUUCUACCUGAAACUGUGUAUGAUGCUAUGUGGAUGUGUAGGAAGAUCUACACAUGUAUUGCACUCUUCACAAUGUUUAUCUGUAUUAUCAGAUACAAAGACUACAACAAGAUCAACUAUAAUCUGUUGAAUGAAAUUAAGCGACAAAAUAUGGAGUUGCAGACUUUGUUGAAAGAGCAAGGAAUUACUUCUAUUCACUCAUUAAGUCAACUAAACACACCAACUAAACAAUUUAAUGAACAGGCAUGCCAAGAUUCUUCAUUUCUCACAAACACAACAGUAAUACCAUAUGAUUCAGAGGAUGAUACAACAUAUGUAGCAAGCAACAGUGAUUCCGAGAAUACAUCAACAUGGAGCUGCACUACUGGUCAUGACUCAAGUUGUAGUUCAUUAGCAUUGAAUGACACGAUUACUUCGUUGGUGAGGUCCUUUCACCGAUCCUCCACACCAUCACGGGAAGAUGAUCAAAUCAAACCAGGAAGAAGAAGAAGAUCAAGUGUCAGUUCUAGUGUUUCACUUAUGGAACAACUGAGUGAAAGUGUUGUGCAGACCGAGGGGGUUCUGGUUGGUGGUUACAACUUACGCAAGCGAAGAUCAAAUCCAACCAACCCUGCUCUUGAUAAAGAAAGUGUUUCACAAUUUGUGAAACGCGUGACUGCUCGUCGUAAACGACUAUAUAACUAAACUGUCUUGUAUGGAAUAUUCUAUUUAUAUUAUCAUGAUAUCCAAUGUUUAGAUUCUGAACCAUUUUUGUUUGAAAAUUGUGACCGAACUUUGUAUUUAACUUUUCUUUAUUUCAACUGUCUUUGCUGCUUUGAUAAACUGUGAUUCCAGCUUUUUAUAUUUUCGUUUGAGUUUUGAUUGAAAUAAAAGAUAUUUUUGAAUGAAAGAGACAUAAA